GCGGCGCCGCGAUGGGCUGCUCCAGCAGCGCCCUGAACAAGGCCGGCGACAGCAGCAAGUUCCGCAAUGUAACUUCAAAUGAGUGUUUUCCGACCACAGAAGAGAGUGAAUCCUGCUUUGCCCAACCUAAACCAUGUAAAAUGGGAAAAGAAUCCACUUUCUAUGGAAACGCUCAAAAGGAAAGCUUUCCUCCAUUGGAAAAGCUUGAGAUCUCAGCAACAUCUACAGCUAAUGGUGUUAAAUCCCUCUAUGAACACCCCUUGGCCUCCACAAGAAAGGAUGUAGCUGAUCAACCAGGAUCCACAGGAAAGGAAUUAGCAGAUCAGCCAGGAUCCACAGAGAAGACUCAGCUUCUAGAGGGACCUCAGGACUCUGGGCCACCUCAACCACAUGGCAAAGAUGAUACCCCCGGCACAGAAGAAAAGAAGAAAGACAUGGAAGCAGCGACAGCGGCUCAGCCUUUGAAAGGAAAUGCUGAGACUGAAACUUCAGGAACAGAUGCCGAGGGUCAGCCUUUGAGGACGGUAGGAGAGAAGCCCUCUCCUGGAACAGUGGAAGGUACUGAGAAUCCACAAACUGACAAAGAGGUGAAACCUUUAGGAACGUCUGAGAAAAUUCAUCCUCUGGAAACAGCUGGAGAGCUACAAACUCAAGAAAUAGCGGAGAAGGAUGACCAGCCCCAGCUUCCAGAAAUAGUUCCCAUAGAAAAUGAAUCUUCAGAAAUAUUGGAGGGAAGUCAGAUUGUGGAAACAGCUGUAGAGAAUGAUACCCUCCAUAAAGCUCCUGAAGUUCCUGGAAGCAUAGAGCAGAUCCAACCAGAGGCAAUAGUUGGAAGCAUGGAGCAUCCAGCUGGAAUUAUAGAGGCAGAGGCAAAUGUGGAAAUGGUCAGGGAAAUUCACACUAAUGAAAAGGAUCAACACAUUGAAGGUGAGACCGGAGAAAAGGUUGAAACUGACAUGGAGAAUGAUAAAGUAAGUGAAGGGGCUGAAACAAAAGAAGAAGAAACAGGAGAAGCUGUGGACCCUUCAGCAGCCACAUAGAUGGUGAUAGAAGGGUGAACAGGCAUAGCAUUUUAUAACAGAGAAGACAGAAAAAUGGCAGUGAAGCUUGUGGUUAUAGAUCUUACCUUCCAAAUCUAUGUGUUUUGU